AGCGGUGACAUCAGUACCAGUAGCGCCGCCGUCAGUGAGCCCCAGGACUCGGCUUCGCUGCUCAGAGAUGGCGUCCCUUCUGCAGCCAGAUAGAGUUAUCUAUCUGGUUCGUGGAGAGAAAAGGAUCAGAGCCCCUUUAUCUCAACUUUAUUUCUGUCGCUACUGUAGUGAGCUACGAUCUCUGGAAUGUGUGUCUCACGAGGUGGACUCCCACUAUUGCCCAAGCUGUCUGGAGAACAUGCCGUCUGCAGAGGCUAAGCUUAAAAAGAACAGGUGUGCGAAUUGUUUUGACUGUCCAUGCUGCAUGCACACACUGUCCACUCGGGCCACCAACAUCCCAGCUCCUUUGCCUGAUGAUCCUACCAAGACGGCCAUGAAGAAGGCCUACUAUCUGGCCUGUGGCUUCUGUCGCUGGACCUCCAGGGAUGUGGGAAUGGCUGACAAAUCCGUUGCCAGCGGCGGAUGGCAGGAACCAGAAAACCCUCAUACUCAGCGGAUCAACAAGCUGAUUGAGUAUUACCAGCAGCUGGCCCAUCGAGAGAAGCAGGAGAGAGACAGGAAGAAGCUGGCCAGGAGACGACAGUGCAUGCCUCUGGCGUUCUCGGAAAAAUAUGGCCUUGGAACCAGGCUGCAGAGGCAGAGGUCUGGAGCUCCCAUAUCAAGCCUGGCGGGCCUUUCGCUUAAAGAGGGUGAGGACCAGAAGGAGAUCACCAUUGAACCUGCCCAGGCUCUUGAUGAAGUGGAGCCCCUGCCUGAAGAUUGUUAUACCAGGCCCAUCAGUUUACCGGAGGUGACCACGCUGCGCCAGCGGCUUCUGCAGCCCGACUUCCAGCCUGCGGGGGCAUCUCAGCUCCACCCCAGACAUAAACACCUUCUGAUGAAGCGCUCACUGCGCUGCAGGAAAUGUGAGCACAAUUUGAGCAAGCCUGAGUUUAAUCCUACUUCAAUCAAGUUUAAAAUUCAGCUGGUGGCUGUGAGUUAUAUCCCUGAAGUGAGAAUUAUGUCCAUUCCAAAUCUCCGGUACAUGAAGGAGAGCCAAGUGCUGCUGACUCUGACCAACCCAGUGGAGAACAUCACCCACGUCACAUUGGUGGCUUGCGAGGAGAAAGAUCCUGAUGACAUCAACAGCACGGCCAAGGUUAUAGUGCCCAGCAAGGAACUGGUCUUGGCAGGAAAGGAUGCUGCUGCAGAGUACGAUGAAUUGGCUGAGCCUCAGGACUUCCAGGAUGACCCAGAUGUUGUUGCAUUCAGGAAAUCCAACAAGAUUGGUUUCUUCAUCAAAGUGAUCCCUCAGAAAGAAGAGGAUGCGGAUGUCACCGUUUCAUUGAAGAUCAGACAUGACUUCCGCAACCUCGCAGCUCCCAUCAGGCCGAGCGAGGAGGGAGCAGACAACACCGCUGAGGCCAUUUGGCUCACGCAUCAUGUUGAGCUGAGGCUGGGACCCCUUGCUCCCUGAACAUGAAUACUCCGUUUACUGAAUCAACAGUCCGAGAGUCUCAUGUUGGGUUCUUGGAGCUAAUAACUUUAAACUGUGGGAUUUAUUUAAUUUAAAAAUGAUUUCUGAUUCUGCUUAUUGAUGUUUAAGAAUGAUCAGGGAUCUAUUUGACAUACAACUGUUUCAUAGUUUUUUCAUUUUAGCUUAAGUUGCAUCAUCAGAUACAUUGUGGAACAAACAGUGGUUGAAUGAUAGCUCCUUGUGCUGCCCAGUUCAUAAAACUAUAUGAAACAAUGGCUGAAUGCAGACCAGCCGAUAGAUGCAUCAAGUUUAAUUUGGCUACAUGAUUGUUUUUGUUUCUUUCGGUGUUGCUAAAUGCGAUGCCAAAAACGUGCCGAUAUGCUGUAUUUCUUUGCAUUAUCAACCUCCUCAGCUUAAACACUGUAUGCUCUAUCAGUAAAAAACAAAACCUUAUAUAUACAGCACAUAUACUUAUUAAAAUGUUAGUUGUUUUGAUGAAAAAUAACACAUUUGCUCUUGCUGGAAUGUGAAAAAGGAUUUAUCACUAUGUUACAUACAGUGUUUUCCUAAAUGGCAAAGCAACUACAAGCUCCCAGCCUCUGUCUCCACACUUGAGGUACAUUUUGUCUUAUUAAAGGUGUUAGCAGUUUAUGUUCAAAGAUGCGAGUGAGUGGUUAUACAUUAAUAUAACAUUGAGAUUAUAGUGACUGUGGAGAAUAACUAAGUGGAGUCCAUGAGCAGAAUCAGAAACCAUAUCUGAGAACAAUCUGAACAAUUCCCAACCGUGCAGCGUACACAAACACACCUCUGUGCUUAUAGCUUGUGUAUCCUUGUCAACAUCCUUUUCUGCAGACAAUAGUAUCGUAUUAACUUGCAUGCUUCAAAUAUAAUAAAUAUCACACAGAUUA